GCGUUCUCCCGAGCAAUUACAUUGACAUUUUCAUUUUCUUCAUUAGACCCGUCGAUGAAAAGUCAACAGAUAACAAAAAUAAUCUGAUAGAUAACAGAGAAAACGAAUCCGAUCAAGAUAUUAUUUCUGCUACCAACAGCAGUAGUGAUAGUGAUGAUAAUUUUUUUGGUCGAGAUCGUUUUAAUGCCACGGAAGUGGUUUAUAAUGAAGACGAUUUCGAUACGGAAGUCAUUUGCGAUUACUUUGAUUCCACUUUUGAUCAAGAAAAGCUCAUCGAAGAGACUGGCAGUAACAUUGAAAUCAUCGAAAACAAUCAGCAGAUGACUGGUCUUAUGAGGGAUGCCAUGGCCUUCUCUCAAAAAGAAAUUGAUGUCAAUGCGUCUAAAGAUAAUGUGCGCAAGGAAGAUGAUGUGCCCGAGGAAGAUGAUGUACCCAAGGAAGAUGAUGUACCCAAGGAAGAUGAUGUACCCAAGGAAGAUGAUAUGCCUGAGGAAGAAGACACGCCUGAGGAAGAAGAACCGCCCGAGGAAGAAGAACCGCCUGAGGAAGAGGACUCACCCGAGGGAGAGGACUUGCCUGAGGAAGCGGAUUUACGUGAGGAAGAGGAUUCACCUGAGGAAGAGGGUUCACCUGAGGAAGAGGAUUCACCUGAGGAAGAGGAUUCACCUGAGGAAGAGGAUUCACCUGAGGAAGAGGAUUCACCUGAGGAAGAGGAUUCACCUGAGGAAGAGGAUUCACCUGAGGAUCCAUAUGUGGAAGAAUUAACUGAUCCAAUAAAGGAUAAGAAAUCUGAUACAUUAAAGAAUAUCGAACAAUAUAAAAAUGAGAUCAACAGCACGCUGCAAGAGAUAGACAGGGUGUCUAAAAAAAUUUCAAAGAGUCCUAAAGGAGGAUCAGGAAAAACCGAAACCACUCCUCUCAAAAAUAAAUUUAUUACUCAAGCAAAGGACAAGCCCACAAAAAAAGCAGCCAAGUCAACACUAAUGAUAACACCAAUGACAACGCAAACCGCGAAGAAAAUACGAAAGAAGACACCUAAAGGAACUCCGGUCUCUCCGCCUUCUGUUCCAAUAAAUGAAUCCGCGCUAAUACCAGUCAUAAUACCAUCAUCUAAGCCUAAAAACAAUCCCACACAAGCCAAGAAGAAUAAGGGAAAUAAUACGAAAACAAAUAACGAGAAUAAAAACGAUACAGCUCAAAAGGAUUCAUCAUCUAAGCCCAAAAACAAAAGGAAGCCUAAAAGCAAGCCCACACCACCUAAUAAUAACAAGGUACCUAAUACCGAAAAAGAUAACGAGGAAGUUGAAGAUACAUCACAAAAAGAUCCAUCGCCAAGAGAAGUUUCAUUAAAGGACGUAUCGUUAAAUGAUAUCGCACCAAAAGAUGUACCUUUAAAUGAUAUCACACCAAAAGACGUACCUUUAAAUGUUAUUACAUCAAAGAAAGUGUCGUUAAAUAGCCCUCCCAGUACUGUAUUAUCCCCAACAACAUAUGUACCAAAAGAAACUGAAGUUAAUCAUAUGGAAAUCCAGCAAGAAACGAAUGCCGAAUCUGAACUUGAUACAACAUACGAGAAACACAAACCGUCUGCCUCUCAACCAACCAAGGCUAGAUACCCAAAGCGAAGUCACGCAGAAGCAUCUGCGCGUAAUUUGGAGCAUUUAGCGCGAGAAGAUGCCAGAAUGUCUGCCACCAUGAGUCAUAAAAAACGAAAAAUCCCCAAAGCCUAAAAAUAAUAAAUGUGUUUUCUCCAUUUGUUUUUUUGUUUUUGUUUUUGUUUUUUAUAUAAGGAAAGGAGGGGGGUAACUAUGCACUAAAAGGAAUUAAGAAUAAAUCUGGGAAUAUCGUAUCUCAGGAGGUGGGGUAGGGAGGAAUAAUAAUAGGGAUGAAUAAAGAAUUAACAAGCGCACGCGCUACUUUCUUCUUUUCGGGCGGAUGAAUCAGUCAAAUCCACUU